AUGGAACCGAAUCCAGUAAUUAUUGCUGCAACUGCUAAACAAACAGCAUCUCUUAUUUUUUUACACGGUUUAGGUGAUACCGGGCAUGGUUGGGCAAGUACUAUUGCAGCUAUUAGAGGUCCUCAUGUUAAGGUCAUUUGUCCGACUGCUGCAACAAUGCCAGUGACGCUCAACCUUGGUUUUCGUAUGCCUUCAUGGUUUGAUCUUAGAACUCUUGAUGCGACUGCUCCCGAAGAUGAAGAAGGUAUACUUAGGGCGACAAAUCUUAUUCAUGGAUUGAUAUCUGAAGAAGUUAAGGCGGGUAUACCUGCACACCGAGUUUUAUUAGGAGGAUUCUCUCAAGGAGGGGCACUAGCACUUCAUGCUGCAUUAACAUAUCCUGAACGUGUGGCUGGUGUUAUGGCAUUAUCAUGUUGGCUACCAAGACAUGCUCAUUUCCCAAAUUGUGUAAAGGCUCCAUCUGAUUUACCGAUAUUCCAAGCCCAUGGGGAUUGUGACCCAGUUGUUCCAUUUAAAUGGGGUCAGAUGACAGCUUCCUUCCUCAAGACUUUUAUGAAGAACAUUGAAUUCAAUACAUAUCAAGGUUUGACACAUAGCUCCUCAGAAGCAGAACUAAAAGAUAUGAGAGCAUUUAUAGAAAGAACUUUGCCUGCAAUGACAUGA